CUUCGCGGCCCUUUACGGUUACAGCAGCGGCCACGGACCGAGCGGAGCGUCAGGUCAGCGGUUCCAGACUGGAGAUGCCCAAGCUGUGGAACGGAUCCUAUGGCAGCCAGUGCGGCUCUCUGCCGUCCCCGGAUCACCACCUGGUGGAGGCCCAGCCCAAGUUGCUGCCCAAGCAGCGCAGCAGCAGCAGCGGCAAUGGCAGUGUCAACGGCAGCGGGAGCAACAGUCGCAAUAGCAAAUAUGGUUUAAUCUCAAUGAUAAUCGAGCGCAGUACGGGUCUCAAGCGUAUGGAAAUCGAUGGCGACGAUGUGGACACACCGCUGGAGGCCAUCCUGCCGGCCGAACCGCCGGCGGAACAGGUCUGUCUAUUGCGUGACAGCCCCUUUAGGAUAUUGCGGGCCGCGGAGUCCGGGAACCUGGACGACUUCAAGCGCCUGUUCAUGGCGGACAAUACACGGAUCUCUCUAAAGGACGGCAAAGGACGAACGGCUGCCCAUCAGGCGGCGGCCCGUAAUCGGGUUAACAUUUUGCGCUACAUCCGCGACCAGCACGGCGACUUUAAUGCCAAGGAUAAUGCCGGCAACACUCCGCUUCACAUUGCGGUGGAAUGCGAUGCCUACGAGGCCCUCGACUACCUACUGUCCAUUCCAGUGGAUACGGGAGUUCUCAAUGAAAAAAAGCAGGCGCCCGUGCACCUGGCCACCGAGCUCAACAAGGUGAAGAGUCUCCGGGUGAUGGGUCAGUACCGGAACGUCAUCGAUAUCCAGCAGGGCGGGGAGCACGGACGGACGGCUCUCCAUUUGGCAGCCAUUUAUGAUCAUGAGGAGUGCGCUCGCAUCCUGAUAACCGAGUUCGAUGCAUGUCCUCGUAAGCCUUGUAACAACGGUUAUUAUCCCAUACACGAAGCGGCUAAGAAUGCCAGCUCCAAGACAAUGGAGGUCUUCUUCCAGUGGGGUGAGCAGCGUGGAUGCACCCGCGAGGAGAUGAUAUCCUUCUACGACUCCGAGGGCAAUGUGCCGCUGCACUCGGCGGUGCACGGCGGCGACAUCAAGGCUGUGGAGCUGUGCCUCAAGUCCGGCGCCAAGAUAUCCACCCAGCAACACGAUCUCUCUACGCCAGUGCACCUGGCCUGCGCUCAGGGGGCCAUCGAGAUUGUCAAGUUAAUGUUUGAAAUGCAGCCCUUGGAGAAACGCAUCUGUUUGAGCUGCACGGAUGUGCAGAAGAUGACGCCGCUGCACUGCGCCUCCAUGUUCGACCAUCCGGACAUAGUGUCCUACUUGGUGGCCGAGGGGGCGGACAUAAAUGCUCUGGACAAGGAGCAUCGAUCCCCUCUGCUUCUGGCCGCAUCCCGAAGUGGCUGGAAAACCGUCCACUUGCUCAUCCGGCUGGGAGCCUGCAUCAGCGUAAAGGAUGCUGCUGCUCGGAAUGUCCUGCACUUUGUCAUUAUGAACGGGGGGCGGCUCACAGAUUUCGCCGAGCAGGUGGCCAAUUGUCAGACCCACGCACAGCUGCAGUUGCUCCUCAACGAGAAGGACAGCAUGGGCUGUUCCCCGCUGCACUAUGCCAGCAGGGAUGGGCAUAUACGAUCUCUCGAGAAUCUCAUUCGUCUGGGGGCAUGCAUUAAUCUCAAGAACAACAACAACGAGAGUCCCUUGCACUUUGCUGCUCGCUUCGGAAGGUACAACACCGUCCGUCAGUUGCUGGACUCCGAGAAGGGAUCCUUCAUCAUAAACGAAAGCGAUGGAGCUGGAAUGACGCCCCUACACAUUGCCUCCCAGCAGGGUCACACCCGAGUGGUGCAGUUGCUCCUCAACAGGGGAGCCUUGCUCCACCGAGACCAUACUGGCCGGAAUCCUCUCCAGCUGGCAGCCAUGUCGGGCUACACCGAGACCAUUGAGCUCUUGCACUCGGUGCACUCUCAUCUUCUGGAUCAGGUGGACAAGGAUGGGAACACCGCUCUCCACUUGGCCACCAUGGAGAACAAGCCGCAUGCUAUAUCCGUUUUGAUGUCCAUGGGCUGCAAGUUGGUCUACAAUGUCCUGGACAUGAGUGCCAUCGACUAUGCCAUCUACUACAAGUAUCCGGAGGCGGCCCUGGCCAUGGUGACUCACGAGGAGCGAGCUAAUGAGGUGAUGGCCCUGCGCUCGGAUAAGCAUCCUUGCGUUACUCUAGCCCUGAUCGCCUCCAUGCCGAAGGUCUUCGAGGCUGUGCAGGACAAGUGCAUCACAAAGGCCAACUGCAAGAAGGAUUCGAAGAGUUUCUACAUCAAGUAUUCGUUUUGGCCAUAUCAAAAGACACCCGAACAGAUCGAGCAAAAACGCAAAGAGUUCAAUGACCCCAAGUGGCGACCUGCGCCCCUGGCCGUGGUGAACACUAUGGUAACCCAUGGCCGGGUCGAGCUGCUGGCCCAUCCUCUCAGCCAGAAGUAUCUGCAGAUGAAGUGGAACUCCUACGGCAAAUACUUUCAUCUGGCCAACCUGCUGAUCUACUCAAUAUUCCUGGUUUUCGUGACCAUCUACUCCUCGCUGAUGAUGAACCAUAUCGAGCUAAGGGCUGGAUCCAACAGCACCAUGACUCGCUACUGCAAUAUGGGGUAAGUUUCCUUAAAGUCAUUAAAAGAUCCAACUAUAACAAGUCUUGAACCUUCCAGCUGGGACGAGUUGACCCGGAAUCUGUCCCACAAUCCCGCGGUGGCCUAUCAAAUCCGUUUGGACUCCUGCGAGGAGCGCAUCAAACGCACCACUUGCAUCCUAUUUUGUGCCGUGGUCAUUGUGGUCUAUAUCCUGCUCAACUCUUUGAGAGAAAUCUUUCAGAUUUAUCAGCAAAAGCUGCACUAUAUCCUCGAGACGGUUAACUUGAUAUCCUGGGUCCUGUACAUCUCGGCGUUGGUGAUGGUUGCUCCAGCCUUCAAGCCGGAUGGAGCCAUCAACACCAUACACUACUCGGCGGCUUCGAUAGCUGUGUUUCUGUCCUGGUUCCGACUCUUGUUGUUCCUUCAGCGCUUCGACCAGGUGGGCAUCUAUGUGGUCAUGUUCUUGGAAAUCCUGCAGACGUUGAUCAAGGUGCUGAUGGUAUUCUCCAUACUAAUCAUUGCCUUUGGCCUGGCUUUCUAUAUACUGCUCUCAAAGAUCAUUGACCCCCAGCCGAAUCACUUGUCCUUUUCAAAUAUACCCAUGUCCUUGCUGCGAACGUUCUCCAUGAUGUUGGGUGAACUGGACUUUGUGGGCACUUAUGUAAACACCUAUUAUCGCGAUCAGUUGAAGGUGCCCAUGACCUCCUUCUUGAUUUUGAGCGUCUUCAUGAUCCUCAUGCCCAUUCUCUUGAUGAACUUGCUCAUCGGUUUGGCCGUUGGCGAUAUCGAGUCUGUUCGCCGCAAUGCCCAGCUGAAGAGGCUGGCCAUGCAAGUGGUCCUUCACACGGAGCUGGAGAGGAAGCUGCCCCAUGUCUGGUUGCAGCGAGUGGACAAGAUGGAGCUCAUCGAGUAUCCCAAUGAGACAAAGUGCAAGCUUGGCUUUUGUGACUUUAUACUGCGGAAGUGGUUCUCAAAUCCCUUUACUGAGGAUUGUAAGUUGCCUAAGGAUAUCCUUUUGAGGGACAACUAACCCUUUGAAUUUACAGCCUCCAUGGAUGCCAUAUCCUUUGACAACAACGACGACUAUAUCAACGCAGAGCUGGAGCGACAAAGACGCAAGCUACGGGACAUCAGUCGCAUGCUGGAGCAGCAGCAUCAGCUGGUCCGUCUCAUUGUCCAGAAGAUGGAGAUCAAAACGGAGGCCGAUGACGUGGACGAGGGCAUAUCCCCCAACGAGUUAAGAUCCGUGGUGGGUCUCGGAUCGGCAGGCGGUAAUCGAUGGAAUUCUCCACGAAUCCGUAACAAACUACGGGCCGCAUUAAGCUUCAACAAGAGCAUGUAGAUCCUGAAAAAGGAUACUGGUUUAUAACCCUA